UAAUGCCAUCCCUUCUAAUUCCAGAGGAGGUGAAAUUGCUGCGGAAGCUCUCGCAGGGUCGCAGUCUCGCACGAUAUUUUGUUCGUUUCCUCUUCUCGAUCGCCAGCUCGCCGCCAUAAAUCUCAGGUCUAAAUCUCAAAGAUGGGAGAGCGUGCAAUGGCAAGCUCCCAGGUCUCUGAAGUCAACAUCGACGUGAUUCCGGGCUCCUCAGCAGCCGCCACGGGUAACAAGGUUUGGGGCGGCCCAGCCUGCGAUUUCUCCGAUAGCAAAAACAGCUCGAAGGAUGCCAGAGAAAGAUCUGCAUCCAUGAAAAAGCUACUGAUGGCUGUUGUUCUCUGCAUCAUAUUCAUGACAGUGGAAGUAAUCGGCGGGAUCAAAUCAAACAGUCUCGCCAUCCUAACCGACGCCGCCCACCUCCUCUCGGACGUCGCCGCCUUCGCCAUCUCCCUCUUCUCCCUCUGGGCUUCGGGGUGGGAAGCGACGCCUCGCCAGUCUUACGGGUUCUUCAGGAUUGAAAUUCUUGGAGCUCUGGUCUCCAUUCAGCUCAUAUGGCUCCUAGUCGGCAUUCUGGUCUACGAAGCGAUUGUGAGAUUGAUAUACGAGAGCGGCCAAGUGGAUGGUUCGUUGAUGUUCGCCGUGUCAACCUUUGGCUUGGUUGUCAACAUUAUCAUGGCCGUGUUGCUUGGUCAUGAUCAUGGCGGCCAUGGCCAUGGUCAUGGUCAUGCUCAUGGCCAUCAUGAUCAUGAUCAUGGUCAUGAGCAUUCUGACCAUGAUGAUGAUCAUGAUGAUGGGCAUGAUCACCACCUCGAGCACGGCGAAGAGCACUUCCAUUGCCAUGGUGUCAGCGUCACAUGCCAUCAUCAUCAUAAUAAUCAACAUCAUCAUGAUGUGAAGGAGCCUCUUCUAAACCAUUCAAACCCUAAACCUGCCUCCAACAAGAAGAAGAAGCAACAAAAGAGAAAUAUAAACGUUCACAGCGCGUACCUCCAUGUGCUCGGUGACUCCAUCCAAAGCAUAGGGGUGAUGAUCGGAGGAGGGGUCAUUUGGUGGAAGCCGGAAUGGAAGAUUAUCGAUCUACUAUGCACCCUCAUAUUCUCGGUGAUUGUGCUCGUGACGACGAUAAGGAUGCUGAGGAGCAUACUGGAGGUUCUGAUGGAGAGCACGCCGCGGGAAAUCGACGCGACGAUGCUCGAGAAAGGGCUGUGUGAGCUCGAAGGCGUGGUCGCCAUUCAUGAGCUUCACAUAUGGGCCAUAACAGUGGGGAAGGUAUUGCUGGCCUGCCAUGUGAUUGUCACACCUGAGGCUGAUGCUGAUGAUGUGCUUGAUAAGGUGAUUGGGUAUAUAAAGAGGGAGUAUAAUAUAAGUCAUGUGACUAUUCAGAUUGAGAGGCAGUAGAAGAAAUAAUUUGAAGGUUUUUUUUUUUUUUUUUUUUUUUUUU